AUGCAAUGCGUGCGGGCGGGGAGUGCAUGCGUGAUGCGCCACGGCUGCGCCCGGUUACUGUGUGGUGUAUCCGACUUGCUGUUCUCAGGCAAAGAAGCACUGUGGAACUGGCCAGCCAAGAAUCGGCAGUGGAACAGCCAAGUCCCCGAGUCAGGUGGAGCUUUGACCCAGUAUGUGCACAGACUCCCCGAGCUUGAAGCCCCACAAUCAAUCGUUGCAACUGUGAGGAGCCUGGCUGCACCAGCAACGGAUUCGCAAAUCGCAAUCGCCCCCACUUCGCUGGCGAGGUUCCUUGCCUCCUUGGGUAGCGAGCAUCACAAUGAGCGUGUGGUACUAAGGGCCUUUUUCUCGUCGCUCGCGCAGCUGGCAGAUGCUGAUCCCUCACAGAUUUCGCUCGACGUUUUCACCACCGAGGAGAUCAUCGACCACACUGCCGUCCACCUUCGCGACUGGGACAACGAGCUGAUUCUCAGCUUCCACUGGGAGGAAAGCAAGGAUUCCGAAUUUCGAGACUUGCGCCGGUCUAUCAAAGAGCCCGGCACAGACCUCAUCAAGUACGACGGCAAGAUUUACAAGCAGCCUGAUGCUUCAUUUGGUCCACAUGGCCAACCGCCUGAGCAUCAAUACCAGCAGAUGGAGAGGACGAUGUUAAGUUACAUGAAGCACUCAGGUCUGGGCAACAGAAUUGGUUCGGUGGGCACAACAAACUCCACCGCGAGGCUCGGAAGCCAAGUUCUCUCCUCCUCCUGA